UAUCAAUGCAUAUUGAAGCUGGAACGAAUACAGAGGAGUGUAGUGUCAAAAGUGAUGUGUUUAAUAACUAAAAAAAUAACGUGACUGAAACCCUUGCGGUUGUAGGAUUCAGCUUAGGAAUUCUUUAGUUUGAGGUCGGAAAAUGACUGAAACUAUAUUUAAAGCACCAAAAGCAAAAAGAUCUCCGAGUGCGGAUGAUGAUGAGAUGCCCUCAACAGUAUCAAAACGUCCUCGCACUGCUGAAGACUUCUACCUGUUCUGCAAAUGUAUUUUGGAAUAUGAAAAUUACGAGCAAGAGGAACUAUGUGACAAAGCAGGCAGCCCUCUUGGCAGUACGGGCAGUGUUGCAGAUAGCAUCAAGUCUGAAUCUCCAGCUGGAAGUGUCUCUGAGGAGAGGAAGGGUUUGGAAACAGCAAAGGCUGCUUCUUCACAGGAUUGGAACUGGAAUGGGAUUCACUUUUCCGAAGAAGAUUCAUACGACUUAGUAACGUGCUACUGUACCAAGCCAUUUGCUGGAAGGCCCAUGAUUGAAUGCAGCAAGUGUCUCACGUGGAUCCAUCUGUCAUGUGCCAAGAUUAAGAAAACAAACAUCCCAGAAGUGUUCAUUUGUGUGAAAUGUAAAAGCAGGAAACUGAGCAGUGUCACAAGUUCAUCCAUUAGACACAAAAAAAGAGUGAGCGUGUGAUGAGUUUCAGGAAACACAAACAUCAAGGAUGUUGAUUUAAUUGUAUGAGGAGAAUAUUAGGUAUUUCAUUGACUGCCUUAAAAUUUGGGCUCAGUUUUCUUGAUGGAAUUUGUCUUGUUUUAUUUUUCUGACAUCCAGGUUUGUGUUUAGAAAUGCAGAGGAUAUGUAAAAGUGUUCAUAAAGAUUACUUUCUUCUGGGAUGUGAUGGCAUGUUCUUUGAUAGAUAGGUGCAAGUGUUCUGGGGGAACGUGCUGCCUCCAUCUUCAAGGUAGCAGAGUUACCUGAGCAUGGAAGAUACUCUUUCUAAAGCAGGGAAAGCCGCCAGGACUAGAGCUGUGAUUGAUCUAGUAGGAGUCGAUGGCACUGUGAAGUGAUAAAAAGUAACGACUGCGCUCCGAUGGUGUUAUGUCACCGCUGGCGGGGGGAGGGGUGUCCUGCAUAGCACAUGGGUAAGAUGGGUAAGAAGAAUAAAAUAAACAGAUGGGGUGCAGUAAAUAAGAUUACUAAUAUAGAACAAAAAUUCUCUCUUACCCACCUUCAUCCUUCAUCUUACAUUUCACCCCUUCCCUUCCUUCAUCUGUCUGUUAUUGUCACUUCUUUUUACCAUCUCCUGUUGGUUCACCAUAUUCCUUGUUCCAGUCCUCGUGUCCUAUAUCAGAACCACUUUUCUCCAUGACCAUUUUACCUCCCUACGCUGAUGAUGGAGGCAGCGCAUUCCUCUGAAACAUUGGUGCUUAUGUGUCGCACUACAGGAUCACAUCCCAGAAAACAGUACCUUCAUUGCCACUGGUGUGAGACCUCACAAUGGUAUUGAAGUUGGUCUGUUUUUGGUGUGAUGGCACUAUGUGGCUACAUUGCUGAUAUUCUGGAAAUCUUUACAUUUUCCUUUGAAGUAAAAUGAUUUCCCAGUGAAAUUUGCUGUUAUUUAUAGUACAAUUUCAUUGUUCAGCAUUGAGUGAUAUUGAAGAGAAAGUAGAGAAACAAAGAACUUUUGUUCCACUUUGUACUGGCUGUUUCUCAGCACCAAAAUAGUGGACUGUACUGUCACUAUUUUUGCUUAAUUUUGAAAAGGGAGACACUAAGGAUUUCUAAAAUUUAGGCAAUACAGCAAUACAUCUAAAUGACUCCAUCACCCAAAAAUGGCGUCUAACUGACAUGAAAGCCCAAAAUCACACGUAAAAGUGUAGCAUAUAAGCUUGGAUUAGAAGAAUAUGUUUUUUUUACAAAGUGGGAGCAGUGUUACAAUGAUGUUGCCAUAUACAAACAUAAUUAAAUUUCUAUUUAUAUGUUUGAGAUAGGAUGAGUCAAGACUUACAAUUAUUUGUGCUGCAUAUUGUCUGGAAGAUUGUGUUUCUUGUUACCUUCCAGUAAUUUGGUUCAAACCAUUGUUGCUGUGUUUCAUAGAAGUUUUACUUUGAGAAAACAACAAUGUUAUUUUUCUCAGUAAAUCUUUUUGUGUUCUAUGCUGUACUAGAGAUUCUUGUAAUACUUUGCCUACAUGGGCAUUGGCCAAAACUUCUCGAAUUUCACUGUGGGUAAUAUUUAACCACAGUUUAUAGUUGCUUCAUGCAGAUCAGUUUUUUAUUAUAUAUCAUGUCCAUGUUUUUAUGAUUCUCAUUCUUUGUAUUCUUUAAAAACAGUUCCCACACCAUCAUAAUUCUGCUGUUUCCCUGAUGAUGAUCAUAUCUAUGUGGGAUAAGUUGAAAGAAAUUUUUCAUCUGUGGCCACUGCUUUUACUUGUUGACUGCAACUUAGUGAACAAUACUGAUUCAGAACUAAAUGUGAAAUACUGAAAAUAGAACUGUGCACAAAGGAUGAACUUAGCAAAGAAAAAAAUGUAUUACACACACAGAUUAUGAUUUGUAGUGUGUACAUUACGUGAAAUUUUAAUGGACUGAUUAUUGUUGUCAUGUACUGUGUACUCAUUUUUAUAUUAUCAGUACUGUUCCUCUACUAUAUGCAGUUUUACAAAAAUCAGUUGUGAAGAGUAUCUCUUUAAAGAAGCUUUGGCCAAAGGUGAAGUCAUAUAUGUGUGUACUGACACCAGUGAAAAUUGUCUGAAAUAAAAAUUAAAUUAAAAGUUUAUAUGAAAAUUGAGGAUUAAUUAUAUUACAUUUUGAAUGGGGAAACAGUGGUUUUUUACUGUGGUGAUUAUCAUGAUAUGAAGUGGUGAUAACUGGGAAGUGUUGUGAUAUUGACUCAUAUGUUUACUUUUUCAUGAUAGUUUCUGUACAGCUUAUCUAUAUAUGUACAUAAUGUUAUCUACAUUUAUUGUAAAUAAGGACAGAGUUGUAAUCAGAAA